AUGCACAUAGUCUCGACUCAAAAGCAAUUUAUCAGUUGGAGGACUUCUCUAGUGAGACCAAAAUAUGUUUCUAAAUCAUAUCAAAUUAAAAUUUAUCUGCAUUCAGCAUAUUCAUAUAAUCAUAUAGUUUAUAAUACAUUUUCUAGACAAUCACCACCUCCAUCACCGUAUAUUCCUUGGCGAGUUUUAUUCGAAACUCAACAACAAAAUCCAUACAAGUCUCAAUCAACUCAUGGUUGGUAUCCAUCUUGUUCAAUGUUUAAUCAUUCUUGUUUACCUAAUUGUUUAUGGUAUUUAAUUGGUGAUUAUUUAUUUAUAUAUGUAUGUUCAUCAAAUGUUCGACAAGGUGAUGAAUUAACAAUAUCUUAUUGUCCAUUAUGGAUAUCAUCAAUAAAUGAACGUACAAAUCAACUUCGUCAAUAUGGUAUAACAUCAUGUCAAUGUUCAUUAUGUUUAUAUGAUCGAUCAUUAAUAAAUGAAUAUGAAAAUGAAUUAAAAAAAUUUUCAAAUAUACGUGCAUUAGCACGACAAAAUGAUAUUUCAAAUAUAAAUCGUUUUAAUUAUUUAAAACAAUUACAAUGUCAUUAUGAAAAUUUAACAAAACAAUUUCAAAACCGUCCAAUAGGCUUUAUUAAUGAGUUUAUUGAUUGUGAAUAUAUUUUAUCUUAUUUUCAAAAUGAAAAUAAUGAAAAUGAUAUAACAGAUUAUUUAAAUAGUCAACAAAAUUCAUUGCUUGAACGUUUAUCAAAUGUUUGUCGUUUUACAUUACCAGAUAUAUCAAAUCCAAUUUUAUUAUUCGGCACACAAAUACAAUUACUUAUCGAUCAUAUUGAACAGUUUUAUACAUCUGAUUUAAAACAAUGGAGUCGUCUAUUUGAAUAUCUUUAUGAAAUUUAUACAUUUAAAUGCUAUUCAUCAUCGGAUGAUAUAGAAAAAACAUUACAAAAUCAAAAACAAUUAUUUAAUUAUUUUUUCCAAACACAAACUUUUCUUCAACAUCCAUUUAUAAUUAAUGAAAAAAAACUAUAA